GUGGGAGGGUUCAGACAGUUGCCCCGCCUUGAAAGAUUGGCCAGGGGAUUAGGUGAGGAAUCCAGCCAUGUCGAGGGCUUUGCUGUUGCAGAUUCUCGUGGUGAAGGGUCCUCUGGAGCCGGUGGAAGUGUUCCCGAUGGAAUCCCCAGCCUGGAGCCCGAUGGAGCUCCUGUGGUGCCUGGAAGUGGUCUCAACUUGUUUGGGGACUACGUUGGUGACUGGCUACAGGAACCUCAUGACACAGUCGAAGAUAGCCAUUCCCCCUAUGUCCCUGUGACCCUUGAAAUGCCAGAAGCAGAGAUAGUGGACGACGCUGAGGAGGACGUGCGUGUGUUUGAGGGCCGUGAAGCCCAAGCCUUUCAGCGAGCUGUUUUCGAGCAAGGCAUGUCCCGGAGGCCCCUGGCUUGUUGGUUGGCCAUACUCGAAGGGUGCAGCUUCUCUGGGCAAGUGGGCGGCUAUGUGCUGAGCAAGUUGACGGAGAAGGAUCGUAGCGGUGCUCUGAUUUGCACCAGGGACGCUUGUGGAAUCAGAUCACCCAACACGGUGAUGAAGCGUGGGCGUGAUCUUCAAGCCUACAUCAAAUGGACCGCAGAGCGCAGUGUGCAUUGGUGGCCGCUGCAAGAAGCCACAAUCCGGCAGUGGAGGAAGCAAGUUCGUGGGCAAGAAGCCCACGGAGCAGGCUCGAGCAUUGGCUGUCGACGAGGUCAAACUCUUGGAGUCGCGGCGGCCCUGCGAGAAGAACAUCCUGGACUCCAGGUCCUGGACAAGAACUUCCUGGGGUGCUUGCUCCUGGCUCUGUACUCGAGGGCGCGUUGGGGUGACCUGAGUUGCAUGCAAGCUGUGCAGUUCGACAUCAUAGAUGCCCCUUCGGGUCCUUUCGGGUUCAUCGAAGCCGAAGCCAAGACGAGGAUCCACAAGACGUCCAACACGGAAGAGAGGAAAGCCAUGUACAUGCCCUAUGUGGCGCCCGUCGUUGGCCUUGGAGAGGCGCCCUGGGGAAUCGCUUGGCAGGAUGUCUUGUGGGAGCUUGGCUUGCUAGACCAAGGGGAACCCUUUGGUCCCAUCUGUCGAACACCUUCAGCUGAUGGUAACUUCACCAAAAGCGCGUUGACCAGUGAAGAGGCUCAGGUCCAUGCUAGGGCACCAUGCUUUGAAAGAGAAGAGAAUUCCAUGGCGUGCUAUUCCCGGGACUUCCUCUCCAAGCCGCUGCGAGAGCUUUGCGGUUUGCUUCUGAACAUCAAGGUGGGCAGUCCAUCCCUUGUAGCUUCGGAUGAGGUCACUGGUCAAGACUUUGACCCAAAUUUCAAGGAGAAAGAGCUUGAGAUGGAGGACGGUGGAGGAGCCAACCAAAAUGAAUGGCACGGCUUUGCCGACCCGAGCUCUGUGGAUGGGGAAGCAUUCGUUAUGAGUGCUUCGUCGGAUGAGCCAGCAGGGCGCUGUCGACUUGGGACUGCCCAAGGCUCCAGCCGGUGUCGCUUUGCGGGUUGCACGGCAAUGGCUUCACGUCAAGCUGACUUCAACUGCUCCCUCAGCUCAGAGCUGGACACCAUGGAGGCCAUGACUCGCAGAUCAUUGGCUUCUGAUGCGGCAGGCCUGAUCUAUGAGUAUGAGACCUUCCAGAAGUGGGUUCAAAGCCUGUUCCAACUACUUCGUCAAGCUUGUCCUCCUGGAUUCAAAGCGCCUGGGGUGAGCCAGUUGUUGAGGGCAGACCGACGAGCCUUCGUGAGGAUGCAGGAGCUGACCCGUGAAGGGAUCAAGCCUAGGCCGCCCCUGCACCCUGUAGCAACUGGCAGAAAGGAAGCGGGAAUGAAUCCAGCUCCUGGAAGGCAGGGGCAGGCGAAAGCUGCGAGAAGGGGCGCCAUGUCUGCGCGACCAAAGGGUGUCAUGAGAAGCACCCCCACUGCUCCUGCCCAAAGAAGUGACAAGGUCGGGGGGAAAGAGAACCCCUCCAAAAGCCGGCUGCCGACAGCCAACCAAUUCAGAUGCAAGUUGAGGGCCAUGAUGAAGCUCAUGGCAGCAACCCACUUUCUGCUCCACACCGCCUUCCGGCGAAUUGGGGAGGUGCACAACGAUCCUGGCGCCAUUGCCCAUGGCAGUGAGCCAGGGAAACCAUUGCCUGUCUUCACAGACGGUUUGAACGCUGAGGAGAAGGCAAUUCCUUUUGGCAUAGGCAUAGAGUUUUGCUCAGGCACCGCAGGGCUCACGGCUCAACUGGGCCGUCUGGGCAUGAAGAAUUUGGUGUGGACCAUGUGGU